AAUUGGUAUGACUCGUAAUUCUUUCUAAAGGCAAGGACAUUUCAGAGUCAGGCCAGCAAUGGCGAUCGUCUCCUCUGCUAGGCUCCCUUCUCUUCCCUUCGCUCCCCCUCCCCCUCCCACUCCCAAAACCCUAAUCCUAGUGACGAGGCGGUCUCUUAUCUCCUGGGCCACCGCUAUCGUCUCCUCUUCCUCCUCUUCCUCUCUCCUCCCUUCAUCGGCUGCGUCAUCGCCUCUUCCACCGCCAGCCGCGGGCUUCUUCGAAAUCCCAGCUUCCGGCGGGGUCAAGGCUCUGGACCUCCGCGUCGGAGCUGGAGCAACUCCGGUUGACGGCGAUCAGGUUGCAAUUCAUUACUAUGGAAGGUUGGCUGCAAAACAGGGGUGGCGCUUUGACUCCACUUAUGAUCACAAGGAUGAGAUGGGGGAUCAUGUUCCCUUUCUAUUCGUUGUUGGAUCUGGAAAUGUUAUUUCUGGCAUCCAAGCUGCAGUGAAGUCAAUGAAAGUAGGAGGUAUUCGCCGUGCCAUUAUUCCCCCAUCACAAGGAUAUCGGAACACAUCUCAAGAACCCAUCCCACCUAAUUUUUUUGAUCGGCAGAGGCUGUUUACCACCAUUUUUAAUCCAACCCGUCUUGCCAAUGGGGAAGGCUCUACCCUUGGCACUCUUAUAUUUGAUAUUGAGCUCGUCAGCAUAAGGCAUCCAUGAGGGCGGCUAUCCACUGCUUAUGUUUGCCUUGCCAAAGAGAAGAUAGAUUCAAUACAUCACAUCAUGUGUUCAAAUGUGGAGGUUCAAUAUGUUGAUGGUGGAGAUGCUCUUGGAUAUCGGAUUGUAAUGUUGGUGAUGAAAAUUGAUGAAAUUGUAAAUGGGCAAUGAAGCAAUUCUUAAUUUUAUUAAAUUUUGAAGUGAGAGAUGAGAGAUUCACAACACUAGCCCUGAGUAUCAUGUGAUUGGUGGAGCUUUUCAUUCAUCCACAAGAAAAAAUAUCAAUUAUGAUUGAUGGAGCAAAAAUUUUAGAUCUUGUGGGAUAGA